AUGAUUCCCUCUUUACUUUCUGGAAAUACUUUAGGGUUUUUAGGACCAUUAGUUCCUGAAGGACAUUUAGAGAAAUGUGUAAAGUUUUUUAUUUGUUUUCACACUAUAAAACCCAUAUCCAACAAAACUGUUUCCUCUAGAAAUGCUGAAGAUUCAGUCCAAAGAGAGGCUUUUCAACUAGAUUAUAUUACUGACUGUUUCAGACCCUUUCGUUCUUGUCCAACUUUAGACAAAUCUUAUUUAGCUUGGUUGACGAAAGUUGAGAAAAAGAAAGCUCCAUUUUGGAAAGAAUUGGGCAUUUUCGACCUGAUUCAGAUGUCGAAACUAGGGUUUAGCUACUGCCAACCUUUGUUACUAUCUAGUCUGUAUUUCUGGGAUAGUACGUAUAAUAUUUUUCAUCUCCCAUGUGGAAUGAUAACUUCUACGCUCUUCGACGUAGCUGCUAUUUCUGAACUCCCUCCGACAGGAGAAACCUUCGACCCCUAUCAAGACUGCGAAAACUUAAUUGACUUUAACGUCAAGAAUGCUUCGUUCAACACUUAUAUUAAUUUAUAUCAUGCUGAUGGGGAAGAAGUUUCUGACGUAGAACAUAUAGCGUUCUUGGGUCUGUGGUUAUCCAAGUUUUUCUUCUGCUGUAAAUCUCUGCAAGUUGCAAAGAGAUUUCUAACACUUGCUAAUCAAUUGCACGCUGGUCGAAAGGUGUGUUUAAGUGAACUUCUAUUGGCUAGUUUGUAUGAAAGUCUAGGGUCUGCUAGUGUCAAGUUAAAGGAGUAUAAAGCUGGUACAAACUUAUUACUAUCUGGGCCUUAUUGGCUUCUUCAAUUGUGGCUUAAUGCCACCUUCGAAUCCUUUUUGCCAACACAUGGAAAUGUUGAUGAAAAUGCCCCAGAGAUAGUAAAUCGAAGCAUUAAAGACACCAGACUCCUUCAGUUGACUCCAGUUGAUGAAGUGGAUAAUCUUCAAACUUCUCUCACCAAGUAUACCCUGAUGUUCUCGAAGCGUCACCAUUUCUCUCCUUCGAUGGCUCUUUUUGCCAGUCGAACCCAUGGUCCUUCCUGGUUCACUACUUCGCAUGAAGAUGUUGUUAAGGAUGCCAAUACAAAGAUCGAAGAUAUAUGGCGUGCAUUUCUUUUCCCAAGGCUGCUUGUUUCAAGGAUCUUACCAGUAAAGAGCCAUGUUUGCUUGUUGGCUUACCAACCUAAUUUUGUCUUUCGACAAUUUGGGUUGUGUCAACUCAUUCCUGUCUCUCUAUUCAAUCGAAAGCGCGAGAUAUGCUGUGCAGGGACUGAUUGGAGCGCUCGAGACAUUGCAACCCACAAAGAAUUCCAUGCAAACUUUGCUGAAUUUCAAUUAAUAGCAUACCAACCGUCAUUCCAUUCUACCAAUGGGUUCACCACUUGGUGGACAGCUUUCUAUUCCAAGAACAUGUUUACUACUGCUGAAAUCAGGGAACAUCUAACGAAAGCCUUUUCAUCUUUGCAGGAAAAUGUCUACAAGACUGUUGAAAGGAAGGUGAUGAAGAAAGAGAAGCCUGUGGCGAAAGCUAGUUCGAAUACUGCUUCUAAGCCAACUACCUCUUCGAGCCAGGGAGCUCCUUCUGCCAAGGAUGCUGCUCCAGAAAAAACAAAGAAGAGUUCAAAGGGUAGUGGCAAGCCUCCUUUAACGCCAAAGAAAAGAAAAGUCCCAAUUGAAAGCACAAUUAUUGAAAAACCUACCACUCCCUUCAUCUCUACUGCCAAUCAGAGUGAUCCUUCGAGCGACAUGAAUCCAUCUCCUCCUCCGACAAUCAGCGGUGCUAAUGAACAAGAAACCUCUUCUCCUGGUGAAGAUGGUAAAAAAGAUUCGAAGCAAGCUGAAGAGAAGGAUUCAGAAGAGAAAGAAGAUUAUGAGGAUACUCCCAGUAACUGUCCUCCAAGAGUUACGUUCCCUUCAGAUUACGCCGACGAAGAUGAUCAGGAUUCUGAUGAGAUUGAGGGGUACUUUCAGCAAGAUGAAGACAUGAGUGAGGGAGAAGCUGAUCCUGAAGGAAAUCAGACUGGAACUGGUGAUGCUAUUGUCGAAACAGUCCCAAAUCCAACUAACGUUCGAUCAUCCACAACCCAGACUUCGCCUAUAUCACUUACUGAGGAGGAGAAAAAUUCUUUGAAAUAA